AGAUAGUUUAAUACAUGUCACAAUCUUAAAUAUAUAAUUGCCAUGUGUCACAAUCGUGUUAAUUAGCAACUUUGAAGAACCAAGUUUUAUAUAAUAAGAUGUUAACACCAUGUAUAACUUAUAUGAAUUCUUAGAUAUAACAAUAAAUGAAUAAGUAUCUAUCUAUUAUUAUAAAAGAGAGUUUCUUCUCUCCAGAGCGCGCCACAUCAUUAAGUAGGUGAUUCUGAGCGCGCCACGUGUCCACUUAACCAGAACGCAGCGCUCCAUUUACGGUAAGUAAUAAAAGUUUGUAGGCUUUAUGGUUAUGUUAAGAAUUAAAGCCCAAAAGGUCUUUUGUCUUCAUCGUCUACAUACUGCAGUCUAGGGUGUCUGUCCUUUCUCGAUGUCUGAUACCUAAGAAGCUUCUUCUGCGUUCUUUCACACCAUCAAUGUUGUUUCAAGAUGGAUGACUGAAAUCAUGAUGAAGAAUCUCUUUUUUCCUUUCUCCAUUCGCGUCGUUUAGCUUUCUACUCAACCGAAACCGUUACAGAUUCAGCGUCAUUACGGCCUUCAAAGUGAUUUGUUGUCAUUAAGAGUAUAGUGGCAAACUUCUCUCUCCUUCUUUCUGGCUUCAAAGACGAUGACUGCAGCACCACCGCCGAACUGCGGCUCCUGGAGUUUUGGAAGGCAGAAAUGUGACAAAUCCUCUGUUCCGACGAUCCACUUCACCAAUCCUCCCUUCUCUUUCCGACCACACAAGAAGAAAUUCCUCGAAAGUUCCUCGAUCCAAGCGAGAUUAGCUUAUAUCCUUGCCUACACCUGAAAACGAGUUCCACUAUUUUAGAAUCUCUAAUCGGUGUUGUAGAUAUCUUCAAGUAUAUGAUUCUCAUGUUCAAAGUGUUCUUAAGAUUAUGUUCAUAGUCUUCUUUUGUUAUUAGACUCAUGUUCAUAGUGUUCUUAAACUAAACAUUAUGAAAAUGUUAUUCAGAUCUUGAUUAAUCAUCGUCUGAAAGAUUUAUUUAGAAAUCGUUUGUGAUUUUGUGAUAGUAUGUUUAUAGUGAACUUCCAUGAUCUCUCUAUUUUUAUUUAUCUGUUGAUCUUUUUAAUGAUGGUGAAUUACAGGAGACAGGGCCAGAGCCAUAACGACUCCAUCAGAUAUGACUGUGUCGGGCAGAUCUUCGGAGAAUCUCACAGUUUCGGCGAUUCUUGCUUGGUUCAACAAUGGCGGCAGUGAAGAUGGUGGUAUUAACAAGUGUGUGAUCGAAAGGUUCGACAAGGAAGCUGCUGAGAUGUACAAGAGGUCCUUCAAGUACGUCUGGGUGUUGGGUAUCACUAUUGAUAUUGCUCUCCCGAAGUUUGAGCCCACUAAGUAGUAUUGUACUGUCAUUGAUGCUUAUGGACAUCUUGAUUUCAUCAAGAACAUGAUUAGAGCUGAAGUCGAUUGGAGACAGAAUAGAGAGCUUCUUUUGGAGAAAAGGGUGAAAGGCGUGGACGUGAAGGAAGCUCUGCGGUUACAGAAAGAGAACAACUUUUUGAUUCUUGAUGUUAGACCAGAGGCAAAGUACAAGGAGGCUGAAGGGUCAUCCUCCGGGAGCUAUCAAUGUGGAGAUGUACAGACUGAUACGGGAAUGGACGCCAUGGGACAUAGCUCGCCGUCUUGGAUCUGCUUUCUUCCGUAUCUUCUCUGGCACUGAAGAGAAUCCAGAGUUUAUUCAAAGUAUACGCUCUUUAAUGAGAUCAAAAGCUUUGUAUUCAUUUACCAUUAAUAUACUCUGUUGAUAAGCUGCUAAAACAGAUGUACGUCUUUUUGUUGUUUGAUGUGGUAAUCUCUCCCAUUUCUUUUACAUACUAAGUAAUGGGACCUAAUGGUAAUUGCAUUUAUCUAUAUUCCUUUCCUU